GUCAAAAGUCCAGUUUUUGACAUUUUAAGUUAAUUUUUUUAUCAAAAAUGGCGAAAAAGCGCACCCGAGCGAUGAGCUUGUCCCUCGACUGGGACAACAUGGUCAAGGAGGGCGAGUCGGAGAAGGGGGCGAGGGCGCACCUCGCCGGCAACAUCGCCUACGACAAGGACACCGUGGAGUUCUGCACUGGGAGUUCGUACACCGGCAAGUGGAACGCCUUGGGGAUGGCCGUCUACGGGACCUAUCUGUACCCCCAUGGUUGCGAAUACGAGGGAGGCUUCGAGGACGGCAUGUUCCACGGCGAGGGUGUCUUGGUAUACCCCAUGGGCCAAAAACUGGAAGGUUACUGGGAGAAGGGCAAACUGAUCGAUUACAAAUUUACCAACGUCGAUGGGUUGGACCAUGCCGACCCAUGGACGUAUUGUGUCAUGCCAGACAGGAGAUUUAAUGUCACACUACGAGAGGGUUUGCAACCAGCAGGCCGUGAAUUUUUGACCAAUCAGCAACCAGAUCGGCCAAUUGAACAAGACUGCUAUGAUACAGGUGAUGGAUUUUAUAAUCCAAUGACAAGGAGUAUUAUCAUGGCACGUGACCCCGAGGAAUACGAGAAUUUGGAUGAUCACGACUCGAUUAUGAUUGUCAAGAGUACUGAUGACGACUUUUGGGUUCAUGCUGUGACUAUAGUGAAUCAGGCCCGCCAUGAUUGGAUUACCCGCCAUUGUCGCAAGGCCUGGGACGAGCCGGCGGGCUACCGGCCGGAUCUUUACGAAGAUUGGAUUACCGGAAGAAGAAGAGAAUUGGAAGAAUUGGAUAAAAAAUAUGCUUCAAGUAGCAAUUCGGUAGAAAGUAACGAAAACGGAGACGUUAAAAAUGCCACAAACGACGUUAAUGGAGAACUAGAAAUCAAGGAGUCGGUGGAUUACGCCGGCACUGGGCGAAAAUUGGCACCAUCAACAUCUACUUUGUGAAUUUGUAACGAAAUAAAUUGAUUUUGAUCGAAAA